ACGGUGGGUCCGGUGACCGGCGGGCGUCGCAGGCGGCGUUCCUUGUGGCCCGGUGCCUCGGCCGCUGCCCACAGCGGGUUCCACCCGGGAGCCUGACAAUCCUGGAGGCUCUAGGUGGAGUCCCGGGAGCUGAGAGGGACCGGCGGCCACCGCCGAAGCAUGAAGAAGGGGUAAGGCUAGAGCCCCUCAAGAUUCCUCGAGCGGAAAUUAAAAGGACAGCCAGAAGAGGAUGCUGAAGAUGUGAUCAGAGAAGAUGUAAUGUGUUGCGUUCUGAUAUGACUGUUCAGUAGGGACCAGAGGAUAAAGUAAGGUGAACUGGCAUAGAGGUUGAUCUCAAGAUGCCAUUAGUGAAAAGAAACAUCGAUCCUAGGCACUUGUGCCACACAGCACUGCCUAGAGGAAUUAAGAAUGAACUGGAAUGUGUAACCAAUAUUUCCUUGGCAAAUAUAAUUAGACAACUAAGUAGCCUAAGUAAAUAUGCUGAAGAUAUAUUUGGAGAAUUAUUCAAUGAGGCACAUAGUUUUUCCUUCAGAGUUAACUCAUUACAAGAACGUGUGGACCGUUUAUCUGUUAGUGUUACACAGCUUGAUCCUAAAGAAGAAGAAUUGUCUUUGCAAGAUAUAACCAUGAGAAAAGCUUUCCGAAGUUCUACAGUUCAAGAUCAGCAGCUUUUCGACCGCAGGACUUUGCCUGUUCCAUUGCAGGAGACGUACGAUGUUUGUGAACAGCCUCCACCUCUCAAUAUACUCACUCCUUACAGAGAUGAUGGUAAAGAAGGUUUGAAGUUUUAUACCAAUCCUUCAUAUUUCUUUGAUCUAUGGAAAGAAAAAAUGUUACAAGAUACAGAGGAUAAGAGGAAGGAAAAGAGGAAGCAGAAGCAGAAAAAUCUAGAUCGUCCUCAUGAACCAGAAAAAGUGCCAAGAGCACCCCAUGACAGGCGGAGAGAAUGGCAGAAGCUGGCCCAAGGUCCAGAGCUGGCUGAAGAUGAUGCUAAUCUCUUACAUAAGCAUAUUGAAGUUGCUAAUGGACCAGCCUCUCAUUUUGAAACAAGACCGCAGACAUAUGUGGAUCAUAUGGAUGGAUCUUACUCGCUUUCUGCCUUGCCGUUUAGUCAGAUGAGUGAGCUUCUGACGAGAGCUGAGGAAAAGGUCUUAGUCAGACCACAUGAACCACCUCCACCUCCACCAGUGCAUGGAGCAGGAGAUGCAAAACCCAUACCCACCUGUAUCAGUUCUGCUACAGGUUUGAUAGAAAAUCGUCCUCAGUCACCAGCUACAGGCAGGACACCUGUGUUUGUGAGCGCCACCCCCCCACCUCCUCCACCACCUCUUCCAUCUGCCUUGUCAACUUCUUCAUUAAGAGCUUCAAUGACUUCGACUCCCCCCCCACCAGUACCUCCCCCACCUCCACCUCCAACCACUGCUUUGCAAGCUCCAGCAGUACCACCGCCUCCAGCUCCUCUUCAGAUUGCCCCUGGAGUUCUUCACCCAGCUCCUCCUCCAAUUGCACCUCCUCUAGUACAGCCCUCUCCACCGGUAGCUAGAGCUGCCCCAGUAUGCGAGACUGUACCAGUUCACCCACUCCCACAAGGAGAAGUCCAGGGGCUGCCUCCGCCCCCACCACCGCCUCCUCUGCCUCCACCUGGCAUUCGACCAUCAUCACCUGUCUCAGUUGCAGCUCUUGCUCAUCCUCCCUCUGCACUACAUCCAACUCCAUCUACUGCCCCAGGUCCCCAUGUUCCAUUAAUGCCUCCAUCUCCUCCAUCACAAGUUAUACCUGCUUCUGAGCCAAAGCGUCACCCAUCAACCCUACCUGUAAUCAGUGAUGCCAGAAGUGUACUUCUGGAAGCAAUACGAAAAGGUAUUCAGCUACGAAAAGUCGAAGAGCAGCGUGAACAGGAAGCUAAACACGAACGCAUUGAAAAUGAUGUUGCCACCAUCCUGUCCCGCCGUAUUGCUGUGGAAUACAGUGAUUCAGAAGAUGAUUCAGAAUUUGAUGAAGUAGAUUGGUUGGAGUAAGAAAAAAUGCAUUGAUAAAUAUUACAAAACCGAAUGCAAAUGUCCUUUGUGGUGCUUGUUCUUUGAAAAUGUUUGGUCAUUCCAGUGUUUUGCUUUCUUUUCCUUAAGGUAGAUAACCCUUUUCCUCCAUAAUUUUUGAUUUCUAAGAAAAAUAUUAGCAUACAUUUCAAACUAAAUGUUUUACAGUGGCUUAUCUUUUUUUAUUUUUCCCUGAAAAGGCAUCAUUUGGUCAAAUAAACCACUAAGUAUUAAGCAUGGACAGCUGUUGUUAGAGUAGCUGAUUCAGUUUUUUGAUAUAUCUUAAUUGUGCACUUUGUGAGUUUUAAUUUAAAGAGAGCAACUGAGAUUAAAAAUCUUGAGGGCAGCUGUAUCUGUUAAUGAGCCUUAUUCCAUUUCCUGACGUUUUAAAAGAAGAAACACUGCCUUUAUAUGAAUA